AUGUCCACCCCCAGCGCUAUUGAGCUCGUUUCUCAUCAGGAAGAUGACGAUCAGUCACAUUCCUGGAUGAAGCCAGAUGGUGGUAAAGAUGGAUUGUCAUCGAUUGAUCGGCUGCAGUACUUUCUGUUGAAAGACGACACAGACAAUCUGAGGAAGUACCUUGGUGGCUUCAAGAACGGGAAGAAGGUCAAGGUCAGCAAGACCAGAGUGAUCAACGACUGCUGCCAGUAUUUUCACAAGCAGGGUGUGAAGCGCACCAGCUCUCAAAUAAAAAGCAAGCUGACGUAUCUGAUCAACAAGCAAUAUCCUAUUGCAUUCAAAGCCUGGGAAGACAGUACAAUGAGAAUUGGCAAAGAAGAAAUGUAUCAAUGUGAAAAAGAUGAACUUGAAGUAUAUCUUAAUGAUAUAUGCCCAAACUUCACACAGAUAAGAAAAGUACUUGGUGAAAGUAAGGCAAAGUCAUCUGCCAUAUGUAAUACAACAACGUUCUUCGACUUAAACAAAGCCCAAGACAUAAGCAAGGGCGAGGACGGUGAAGACGGUGAAAACAAUGGAGGUGACGAAGCCAGUGAGAGCAGUACCUCCGAGCACUCUGACGCCAGUGCGUACAGUGGCAAAAGACGGUCUAAAUUCUUUGGCAAGAUUGUGAAGAACACGGCAAAGAGAUCAGUUAAGAGCAUAGAGGAUGUCGGGCAUGGUAUAAAAGAGUUCAAUGAUGCCCGGAUAUUGCUCUUAGAAUCAAAGUAUGAGAAAGAGCUCAAGAACCAGAAGGAGAAGCUGCAAAAAAAGCUUCAAUGCGAGCAGUGGGUAAAAGGAGUGAUCCUUAUGGCGAAAACAUUUGACUGGUCUGAGGAGAAGACUAAGAAUGAAUUAGAAGAGGUGUAUAAUCAAUACCUUAAUUAA